GCAGCGAUAAAGGGGAACAACUCCACUGUACUCCCAAAAUGACGAGAUAAGACAGUGGCUAAUAUUUGUUUAUUCUUUUUUAGAGUUUUAUUUGGUAAUAUUUUCAUAUAUGAACAUAUUUCUUAAUCGUUGCAUGGUAUGUAAUUUUGUCAUUCCUCAAUUUGAAAAAGUCAACUAGAUAUGGCGGAGGCCAGUUCUGGAAUUGGAGAAAGAGGAGGGGCACCACUUCCUCCAAAGAGACCAACAAUUAUUCGAGCAGCACCCACCAGACAGAACAAUGGAGAAAGUGAACAAAGAGCAGUACCACCCAGGCCAGUACCACCUGUUCCAGGUAACCGUCCUGCGAUUCCACCAUUACCUGCUUCCGGUCUAUAUGGCAGUAAUAAUAAUCUGGAGCAUCAUCAUAAACAUGUUCAUAAACUAGAUGAUGGAGGUCCUCCACAUUUACCAGUCAAACCCUCAGCACACCCAAACUUAUUACCACCACCACCACCUAAACCUGACCAUUCUAAUAAAGGUGCCAUCAGAAAACGUCCUGAGAUUACUGUUGUCGGGGCACGGCCAAUGAGUGAAGUAGGAUUUAGAUCAGAGAAUAAUGCAAAGCCCUCAAAUUCCAAUGAAGCUAUUGAAGCAGAUCCUCCUCCACUUCCGAAACGAGACGCGUCCUUGCAAAAUGAGUCUAGACCGCCACAAAUACCAAACAAGCCUCUUCCUCCAGCUCCUUCAUCAAAACACAAGAUUCCCUCAAGACCUUCCCAGCCACCUAAGAAAAUUGCUACACCCAAACCAGCUAAACAGCCUGAAGUUGAUCUUCUCAUAGAUUUUUCAGAUGAAAUACAUGUACAGUCACAACCUCUAAUCCCUCUCCCAUCAAGCAACAAUUCCCAGGCAAUGCCAGAACCUGCUUCUAUGCCUCCCCCCUUAACAAUGCCCCCUCCAUUAACUACGCCUCCUGCCUUAUCCAUGCCCCCACAUGAAUCUGUGCCCCAAUCCUCGUCUAUGCCUUCAUUAGUGCCUUCGCAAGCAUCCUUGCCGGUUCCAAAACCACGUCCAAUACCAGCAGCUAGAUCCAGAUCACCAGCCCCAAUAGCAAGAUCCAGGUCUCCAACACCAGUAGCAACUUCUUCAGAAUCGGCUCCCCCAUCUGUACCUCCCAAGAAUUUACCCCCUUUCCCUCAAAAACCUGAUGUGCCUAUGAUCAAACCCCGAACAACACCAGACAAAGAAAAUGCAGAAGAAAUCUCCACAAGAGAGACAUCACCAAGCAAAGAGGCCCCGAAAUAUAGGAGACCAACUAUUAUUCGAGUGAAAAAGAAGGAAGAACCUGUUCCUAAACAAUCACCUUCAGAAGAUGCUGUAAAGAUGGGUCUUCCGCCAAGUAGACCUAAACCACCAACCCCAGCUGCUAAUCGAAAAAUACCUCCCAUUUCUAAAAGUACUGAAGAUCUUGUAGAACCAGAGGUUGAGUAUGCUGUAGUUAAUAAAACAAACAGACCCACUGUCAAUAAAACUCCUCAAACAGAGGAAAUCAAUAAAGUUCCACCUCCUUUACCUCCUAAAGCAGCCAAUCCAACACCAGCACCAAAACCAACAGUUUUACCUAAGCCAAGAACUUCUCUUAAAAGUACAGGAAGUGAAAAAUCUCCUGAGGAAUCCUUUGUAAAUGAAGUGUCAAAACCUGAAGAGACAAACAGUAAUGUGACAAGUAGUGUACCACAAAGGAAACCAACCAUUAUAAGGGCACCUCCCAAACCAAUGAGGUUGCAUGAAGUGGAAGGGCAGGCAAAGCAAAAAUUAGAAAUGCUGGAUGAUGCAAAAUUAAACGAAGAAAAACAUCAGAAAAUAAAUACCGAUGAAACUUUGGAUGAUACAAAAGUCAAUAACAGAAAUAGUUCUGCUCCUCCAAGGCCAGCUGCUAGAAGACCAUUCUCUGCUAUUGGGGCACCUGUAACUCGUAAUGAGGAAUCAGAAACCAAAAUGUCAGAUGUACCUAAAACCCCACCAGCAAGACCAGCAAUGAAAUGUAUACCUAAAUCAAAAUCAGUAGAGAAAAAUGAAGAAAUGGAUAUGGGCAGCCAAAGGUCACUAGAUGAAAACAAGAUUAUCUCUUCAGAAGAAAGAGGCCCACCACGUCCUAAACCACCUUCACCUAAAACCAUACCAUCUAGGGUAAAGACAGAUGAAGAUGUGAUUAAAAGGCCAAAUAGACCACCUGGAAUGCGUUCUCGACCAAUGUCUGCUGCACCUAAUGUUACCAUAGGAAAAGACAGAGAAAAACCGUCUCGUCCACAGCCACUUAGACCAAGCCAUCCUAAACAAGAAAAGCCUUCAGUGCCACCAAGUUUACCACCACGACCUGGACCAAGUCAUAUUCUAUAUCAUUAUAUAUUAACAUAUCCACAUGGUAUUGCUGAACACAAUUACUCAGCUUCCAAAGAUGAUGAACUAUCAUUUAAGGAAGGGGAUACCAUUAUUUUGGUGGAACGAAUAGAUUCUCAGUGGUUAAAAGGGAAAAUAGGAAAUAAAGAAGGUGUUUUUCCAGAAAACUACAUAAAUAUUAUUCAUCCCCUUCAUUCUGAGCUCCCACAACCAGGUAGUUCCCCAGACUCUGCUACUGGUGUCGAUUGGACGAAAGUGGAUUGGGGAGAAGAUGAACCAGACGCAGACAUUACAAAGAUUAAACCUGACACAGGAAGUGGUCCAAGAUGUCGUGCUAGGUUUGAUUAUGAAGGUGAAGGUCAUGGAGAUCUGGAUUUUGAGGAAGGGGACAUAAUCCAGCUUAGAAAACAUGUGGGUAGUGAUUGGUUAGAAGGAGAAUUAAAUAAUAAAGUUGGUAUUUUCCCAUUAAGUUUUGUGGAGAUUAUAGAAGAUAUAGCAGAAGAUAAAACAGCUGAUGAAUUAGAUGGAUCACAUUUAGUUAAAGCAGUUUUUGAUUUUGAAGGUUUAGUUGGAGAACUUUCAUUUCAGGCAGGGGAGAGUAUCCAUGUUAUUGGUGAAGUUAACAGUGAAUGGUUAUAUGGUGAAACUGGAGGAAGGCAGGGAAAGUUUCCAGCAACUUUUGUUGAUCAUAAACCAAGUCAUUUACCUACAUAUCAACCUGAUAAUAUAUCAACAUCUUCAUCAACACCAUCAUUAACAAAGUCUCGAGCAGUAUUAUUUACAUGUAAAGCGAUGUAUGACUAUAACAGUCCACAAGAAGAGGAUCUUAACUUUCAUGUCGGAGAUCAAAUACAGGUUAUUGAAGAUAAGGGUGACUGGCUUAAAGGAAUGUUGGAUAAUAAACAGGGUGUUUUUCCUAAAUCUUUUGUUCAAAUUGAGAAUCACGAAGGCAGCGGUAAUAAUGUAGUUUCCAAGGGUCAAGCUAAAGCGUUAUAUGAUUUUGAUGGAGAAGGUGAAAAUGAAUUAACAUUUAAAAAAAAUGAUGUGAUACUAUUAGAUGAGUUGGUAUCUGGAACAACAGACUGGCAGUGGGGAAGUUUGUCUGGUAGAAGAGGAAUGUUUCCCACUAAUUUUGUGGAAGUUAUAUCCUAGAAUUAUUAUAUUAUUAUCUUUUCUCUAUUUAUUAUAAUCCAGUGUUUACCUAUUCAUUUAGGAAGAGUUCACACAUACCUGUUUGUUGCUAAUGUUUAUUUUGAGUUCAAACUGUUGACUGCUGAGAGAACAUAGAUUGGUUACAUUGACUUAAUCUGUUUGUUGCUAAUUUUUGUUUUGAGUUCAGACUGUUGACUGCUGAAGAGAACAUAGAUUGGUUACAUUGACUUAAUCUGUUUGUUGCUAAUUUUUGUUUUGAGUUCAGACUGUUGACUGCUGAAGAGAACAUGGGAUUGGUUACAUUGACUUAAUCUGUGGACAUGGAAUUUUAAAUUUUAAAACAAAUUUAAUAAAAUCACUACUUCUAUUUUUGGCUAAUUUCAAAGAGAUAUUAUUCAAAGUACGGGUAUGCAUCUUUAAUACACUUCUGAAUACUUCCACAAGAAUCAUUUUUAUAAGGGAGACCACCUAUUUCUAUGAUUCUUAUGGUUUAAUAGUCAACAGUCACAUCUUCUUAAUCAUAUUUAUGUCUACAAUACUGUUCUUAUUAGCCAUUAAAUAAAAUAUGUAUAAUAUAUAUAAAGCAUAUAUUUUGCCUUAAUUAGAUCAAUUUUGUAAAUAUGAAAGUAUAUAAUGGUGCUAUUAGAAUGGAGAGUAGAAUGGCAUCAAUAAAACCAUAUUAAUUCACUGCUGCCUUUUGCAGCGUGUCAUACACAGAAUGUUCAUUUCAGCUGUUGUGGAUGGCCUAACAGUUGUUACUACUUGUUAUUGUAUAUGUGGAUAUACUGACAUUAAUCAGAACUGGUGACUUGAUUCAUUUAUACUUUUGUGGCUGAAAUGUCAUACAUUCUAUUUGAUAUACUUCAAGACCACUAAACUGAUUUUUGUGGGAUUGACCUGAGAUUUGGUCUGUACUUAGUUAGUUGGAACUUUUGCUUUUAUGUUACCAAUACUUGAGCAGUACCAUGUCUGCAAUCAUUUUGGUAGUGUAAAUUGGGUUACAUGUACAGUACUACAAUCAUAGCUGUAAUCAUUUUAUUGUUUUGUAUGAAAAAGUUUUCUGAUUAUGGAGCUUGAAAUGUACAAACAGGUUUUUUUUUCUUCAAGUAUUUUUCAUUAUAAGUUGUUAUUUACAUGUAUGAUAUUGUAUAUACUGCUUUUAUAUCUACCAUUAUUUAUAAUAUUUGUUAUAUAUACACAUACUGGAGCUGCACUAAAAUGCGGAUAUCUAGUCCUUGAGUUCUCCUGAGUGAAUGUCCUAUUUUAUUUAUUGUACUCAAGGUUCAUUUACUUCUCUAUAAAACUGAUGAUACUGAUUGCUUGCCAUAUACUGAAACCCUCCUACAGAGAUGUCCAAAUGUAUGUUCUUGUAGCCUCACACAAUAAGUAGACUUGUAACCACUCACUAAACUUUCUCCUUGUCUCUUCAUGUAUCUGUACAGUGACAUUACUGUAAUUAACCAAGUUAACGUCUAACUAACAACAUAUAGAACUACAUUAAAUAUAACAUAGCAAUAUAUAAAUUCUUAUAUAUUGUCACGAUCAAAUUCAUUAAUUUCUGCAGUGACUGGUUAAAAAGCCUUGAUAUGUUAAGACUUGAGACAAGACGUAACAGAUCUAUAUCUGGUACAAGAACUAGUAUACAUAUGAUACUUGCUUUAUAUUCAGAAACCUGUGCUAUAAUGACGUCUCAUUGUAUAUCUUCUUACUAAUAUCUGCUGUUUAUAUCUGUAUUAUAUAUUCGUUAUUAAAUUAUCUUUCGAAGAAUAUAUUUAUAAUAUAAAUUUCUUAUAUACAGAUUAUUUAUAGAAAUGGUUUGGAUAAUGGUCUCAUUUAGGUAUUUAUAAUGAUUUAAUUGCUAGUCUCUCUGUGCUUCAAAUAACAUAUAAUUUAUUAUUAAUAUAAAAAAUUUUAAUGUAAUUUUCUUAAAGAUAGUGCCUGAAUUGAGUUACCAAGUUAUUACAGAGAGCAAUAAUAUCAAGUGUACAGUGUUGUAAACAAUAUUCUGUGUUAAUAGAAGAGAUAAGAGUGGCUAUUAAAACCUGGUUAUCCCGAGUGUCAGUGACUAUUUUCGUUUCGUAUUGAUUGUUCUAAAUGUGGUCACCUUUUUCUUAUAAUAGUAACACUUGUAACUCGGGUUCGGAUUGACGGAUGGAUCUCAAAUUUGGAAGUAAUUAAGUAAGAUCAGAGAUCUACACCUUUCAAACCACAUGACGAUGUUGUCGCUUUGACGUAAGCGUUUAUGCUCAUACAUUAUAUAAGUUUAUAAAUGUUAGUAUGUGUAUUGUUACAAGUUGUAUAUAAUAUGGCAAAAGAUAUUAUAUGUGUAAUUUAGAAGAUAAAAGUGCUAAUUGACGGUAGAUUCUUAGAGUACACAAUCCACAAUGUCACUCAUUAAAUACAUUUUGCUGAUAAUCACGUAAAUAUAAAUAGUUCAUGUUGCAUUUAAAGACUACAGAUACAUGCUACAUUUUAUUUUAACUGAAGUUUGACUUUUGUACUGUUCAGAUUCUAUCAAUUGUAUAUAAAACGAUUUUAAUAUAUUAUUUUUUAUAUACAUGUAUAUAUUUCAUAAAUCUAAAAACUGCUUGUUUAUUGUAUGGGACUGGUUUCUCUUAUGUCUUUAACUAAAUAUUAAUCUUCCCAGGUAUACAGAAUCAGUUAGUUAUGUAUAUUUCCCACAGUUGUUCAACUUCAUAAGAGUUCAGUGGUUGGGCUCUUUCUAUGAGAUUGGGAGUAAAGGGAGAUAAACAGACUUUACAAGUAUCCUGGGUAAUAACUGUGUAGCGCUUUAAGCAUAACCGUUUGUGGUAUAGAUAAAGUGCAUAGUAUUUCAAUAAUACACAAUGUUACGUCACUUUCUUUUGACAGAGAUUGAUUAAUAAAAGCAACUGUGGUUAAACUAUGACAAACAUUUAUCACUCUUCAGAAUAAAUGUAUUUUUAUAUGCCUACUAAUAAUGUAUGUUUCGUUGCUUGGCAACCUAUCUUUCUACUUACUUAUUAAAUAUUUAUAUAUUAUAUAUGUGUAAAAUACAUUAUUAAAAAUUAUUAUUUUGUA